AAAUAACAUGUUCUCGUUAGUUUUUCUACUCGUAAAAUGCAUACAGUGAUUGACCUAAUGGCGGAGAAGAAGGGCGACGAAAUUCGAAAGAGAAACAAGGAAAUACCGUCAUGGGCACCGGGAGGACCAGAUUACGAUCCAAACCUUCCUUAUGGGCCGAAAGUUUAUGUAGCAAGACGAAAGAAGCCCGACCCGUGGUGGGUGACAGCUAUAGAGGUUUCAGUGGUUGUUGGUGUGCUGCUGUUCUUCCUUUACAUGUAUUAUUACAUGGAUCACCUUCAUUUCCAUGUCCUAAAUGCCUACGCAAAUGUGGGAGUCUCACAUGCCCAGCAUCAUGUUGCACACAAAUACCUAAAUGGACAUGGAGUAAAGAAAGAUGAAAAAAUGGCUUUUUACUGGUUCAGGGAAGCAACAAAGAAUGGACAUGGGCAUGGUGCUUACAAUCUGGUUGCUGGACAUUUACAGGGUUAUGACACAGAUGUUGAGGAACAUGAAGUUGAACCUCUUCUUAAAAUGGCAGCAGACAAAGGUGUGGAGGAGGCCAAGAAAGCCCUGAAGGACCUGUAUCCACACAGAUACACAUGACAUGUGGGUUAUUGAACCAAGACAUGGAAUUCCUUCCACAAUGAAAUAUAAUUUAUUACCAGGAAGAGCAAUGUACCAGUAUCUAAUAUUGUAAAUAACUGCAGUUUAACUACAGUGUUAAUAUAUUUUGGGGGUUAUGCCACAGCAGAGGAAUCUGGUUUUAGCACUGGGUGGGGUUUGAUGCAAAUGGUCAGUGGAUUUGUGGUUUAAAUAGUUGUUUUUCUGCAUGGUUGUGACUUAUAGAAUUUGUAAUAGAGUAUACUUAUGCAAUCAUUACUGACAAGAAUCCAUGUGUCUUUUAGUAGAUUUAAUUCACUUGUCAUAAUCAUGGCAUAGGAGAAAUCUCAGUACCAAUAAAAAUGUAGACUACAUCAUGGAAAAUGCUUUGUAUGAUAUUUAUUCACUCAUUGAGGCUUAUCUGAAAAGAAUGUGUGAGCACAGCGAACGGAUGAGAAUUCAACUUGUGAAUGAAAAUGGUAUGCGCACAUUUUUCAUGAAGUACAAUUGAGCCCUGCCAUUUUGAACUCUCAGGGGACAUGAAAAAUAGUUCGAAAUAGCCGAUAGUAAAUGACUAAAAGAUGCUGUUAUACUGUAAUUUAUGACUUUACAGUUCAAAAAUAACAGGGAGUUCAAAUUAGCGGGGUCCAACUGUAGUAGGGAUUAGCUAAAAUUGCAAGCAGUUGUCACUGCUAAUUUAACUCCUAAUUUAACUUAUAUUUUCAGUUAAUAUACCAAGUGUAUGUGGCAAUUAAUAUUUAAAAGAAAUAUUUGUUAUUAGCACAGUGAAGUACAAAAUUAAUAUAUUCAUGAGAUCAACCAUGUGAAAGUGUAGGGAAAGUUGUCAAAAAAUGUGACUUGGACCCCUAAAGGAGAUUAAUCUAGGUGUUAUCUGGGUGUGGCUCAAGUUUUAGUUGAUCCCUAAAAGAUGCUAGAAUACAGAGUAUGUGUUGUGGUUUAACAUUACCCUUGGUAUGAUUUACACAAUUUGCUGUUUUGCUUUGUGCGUUUAAUUUAUCCAGGGUAACGCAAUUCCUUGAUCUGAUCACUUUUUUCCUUUUUGUUUUUGUGUAUAAGGAUUGCUUAGAGUACCUUUUUCCAUCCAGGUGUUUAAACGAGCAAAAUAUAAUCAUAACAGACAUUUAUUGGGCAGCCUGUAAUAGACUUGCAUCAGCUCCCUAUGUAAUAAAUAAAUAUGCAAAUGUUUGCCAACACCUUUCAUUUAGUUCGUGACCUUAUUGGUUAUUUUUUAUUUACCACUUAGUUACAAAUUAAAAGUAAAACCAAGCAUUAUUUUAUUUACAUCAUUUUAAACCUGUUGUCAUUUGUAAUUGAAAGUUUUUAGUUUUAGUGUAAAGUUUGAGUAUAAUUGCUAAAUAAAGGAUAGGGAUUGAAGGACAAUAAACGAUACUGUAGUGA